AUGGACAAAAUGAAUAAAGAAAACCAAAAUGGACAUCUACAUAACAGCAAGGUAGAUGGUCCAAAGAGGAUUCCUAUGUCCCAGAAUCGGGCAGCGAGGACUAGAAUUCCGUCGCAGCAUAUUUUGACUGCUUCAAAUGUGCCCCAGAGAGUGCCUAUUCAAUCCCAGGCACAGAAACCUGCUGUUAGCCAUCCAAAAUAUUCCAACCACCUAAGUCAGCAGCGACCAACAUCUGCAGUUCAACCAACAUCCAGGAAUUUAGUUUCAAAUAAACCUGGUAUAAUUCCUCAGCAGCCUUCUGCAUCGGGAAAAAAGCCUGGAACUGAGGAUGUAUCAGCUGCAACAACUGAAGCCAAAGGAGCUUCAGGUUCAAAAAGCGAGAGCAAAGAGGAAUCAAAAAGUGAAACUAAAAGAAAACAAUGGUUCCUUGAGGACUUUGAAAUUGGCCGUCCUUUGGGAAAAGGAAAAUUUGGAAAUGUGUACCUGGCUCGAGAAAAACAGAGCAAAUUCAUUUUGGCCCUGAAGGUCUUGUUUAAAUCACAGCUGGAAAAAGCAGGUGUAGAACAUCAGCUGCGGCGAGAAGUAGAAAUACAGUCUCAUCUUUGGCAUCCCAAUGUUCUCAGGCUCUAUGGUUACUUCCAUGAUGCAACAAGAGUAUACUUAAUGCUGGAACAUGCACCUCGUGGAGAAGUGUACAAAGAACUUCAGAAGCUUAAAAAGUUUGAUGAGCAACGAACGGCUACUUAUAUGACUGAACUCGCAGAUGCAUUAUUAUAUUGUCAUUCAAAAAGAGUAAUUCAUAGGGACAUCAAACCUGAGAAUCUAUUGCUGGGAUCAAAUGGAGAGCUCAAGAUUGCUGACUUUGGAUGGUCUGUGCAUGCCCCAUCUUCUAGGAGGUCAACAAUAUGUGGCACCCUUGAUUACCUGCCACCUGAAAUGAUUGAAGGGAGAACUCAUGACGAAACGGUGGACCUGUGGAGUCUUGGUGUCUUAUGUUAUGAAUUUUUAGUAGGAAAGCCUCCUUUUGAAGCAGAAACGUAUCAGGAAACAUAUAGAGCCAUUUCAAGGGUGGAGUACAGAUUUCCUCCUUUUGUAACAGAGGGAGCACAGGAUCUGAUUUCAAAGCUCUUGAAGCAUGACCCAAAGCACAGAUUACCACUGGAAGACGUACUUAAACAUCCAUGGGUUACAUCAAACUCUACUAAGUCUCCCAAGCCUAACACUGAGGAAACCAAUGUUGCUAAUAAAACUUAGUCAUAGCAUAAUAAGCAUUGCUGACUGCAUUUCCAAAGUAACAGGGAUGGCAGCAAUUGUAAUACAUCUGAAAUAAGCAGCAUAGAAUUUGUCUCAAAAAGAAGUCAGUUUUCUGCAUAAUGAACUGUUCUAUGAACACUAUGAAGUCUGAGCUGCAGUUUGAACAGGCAUGCUGCAAUGCUUGUAGUUCCAUUCAAAUCAAUUUGUGAAUAUCUGGAACAUACUUGAACUCUGUGCAUGUGAUUCAAAGCUUCUGGGGCACAUCUUGUUCAGGACUUUCACAGAUAAAUAGUUCCUAUACUGUUGAUCCUCCUUGCUGCUUGAUAGCCACAUGAAGUUGUUGGAACAGUGCAAUAACACCCUAAGGUUAACCUGUGCAGCGAUGUGACAUGGAUGACGUCUGCUUCUGUAAAUAAGAGCUAAUUGUGCAGUUAUUGUGCUGUCUUCAGUUAGGAAAUACUUUGAAGAAUAAAGACUUUAUAAACAAUAAUCCAGUGCGUUAAGACAGCUUGUUCUUGGAUAUCUGCUUAUUCAGUGCUCAGAGAUAUUCUGCUUCCUAGGAUAACCUUGAUAGUGAGCAAUUGUACAUUUUAAGGUUCUUAAAAGAAAAACUGCAUAGACUGUUUUUGAUCACCAAUUUUUAAAUAAUGUUGUAUUUGUUUAAGCACCAGUAAAACUUUAUUACAAAAA